UGUUCAACAGACGUGUGAUGAUGAACAGUUCUUCGACGCUGUUGAACAGGAGCCAACAGCACGUGCCCCGGAGGUGCCGUGGGCACGGGCACGUGUGCUGGACGUGGGUGCGGGGGACGGGCACGUGACAGACGUGCUGGCACGUGAGGCACGCGAGGUCACGUGCACGGAGGUCAGCUACGUCAUGAGGGCACGCCUCAGGGCACGUGGGUACAGGGUGCUUGACGCGCACGACUGGCCCGGUAACGACGACGGGACGUACGACGUCGUGACGGUCCUCAACGUCGUGGACCGUCACCCCGCCCCCCGCACCCUCCUCAGGGACGUGGGGGAGAAGCUCGCCCCAGGGGGAAGACUUGUGCUCGCUGCCGUCCUCCCCUUCUCCCCCUACGUUGAAUAUGAUUCCUCAGAUCAUCUGCCGAAGGAAUCCCUGAACAUCUCCGGCGCAUCCUUCGAGGAACAAGCGACGUCCAUCAUAACUGAAGUCCUGCCGAGCCUUGACUAUAAAGUCGAGCGCUGGACGAAGCUGCCGUACAUGUGCGAGGGCGACUCCACUCAAAGUAUUUAUUGGCUCAAUGACGCACUUUUUGUGGCUAGGAAAUUGUGAUACCCCCGGGGGUUGGGGUUGAACUUUGAGGGGUUCAAUUUGAAUGGGUCAAUUUGUCCAAAUAAUUACACACUUUUUGUACGUAUCACUGAUACGCCUUUUUUUACACCUGGCCAAACUGAGUCAGGAUGACUCAUACAAGGAAAAAAGGGGU